AUGCCCCGGAAGGCGGGGGACGCGGAAGAGGCUGAGGCCGGCGCUGAGGAGGCGAGUGCAGAGGAACCCGGCGCCGAGCGGGAGAUGGAGGCCGGGCGGCUGCGACCGGUGCUGCGCUCCGUGAACACGCGCGAGCCGUCCCAGGUCAUCUUCUGCAACCGCAGCCCUCGCGUGGUGCUGCCCGUGUGGCUCAACUUCGAUGGCGAGCCGCAACCCUACCCGACGCUGCCCCCCGGCACGGGCCGCCGCAUCCACAGCUACAGAGGUCACCUUUGGCUCUUCCGAGAUGCUGGGACAUCUGAUGGGCUUUUGGUUAACCAAACUGAGCUAUUUGUGCCAUCUCUCAAUGUUGAUGGGCAGCCUAUUUUUGCCAACAUAACACUGCCAGUGUACACCCUGAAAGAGCGGUGCCUCCAGGUUGUGCGAAGCCUAGUCAAGCCUGAGGAUUACAGGAGACUGGACAUUGCGCGAUCCCUCUAUGAAGAUCUGGAAGACCACCCCAAUGUGCAGAAGGACCUGGUGCGGCUGACACAGGAGCAUAUUGAAAACCAGCGGAUGGCAGGGGAGACUGAAGAUUUUUAAUUGAAAGUUACACUCCUCAGUCUCAGCUUUUGACGGUCCUGACAAGUCUUGAUCCAGAACUAGGACUGGUUACCUUUUCUCGUCUCAUUCUUGGAGUGAAAAUGCUCCAUUGCUUAAAACAAAGUUAACUGACCUCACUACUGGGCAUUGUGAUGUUUAAGGGCAAAUAUCACAAAAUGUAAUAAUUAUGCCUGCCUCUUGUAGAAAUAUUUAUCAAGGAAAAGUAGUUGCAUCUUUGCUUCCUAGUGAGUCAGGAAAGUUUCUGUGUAAGGACUUUGGUGGAAGUAAUUACAGCGAGAAUUGUAGCUUAUUCUUGAGUUGUAAGGAAGCAGUGGCUCCUGCUUUUCAUUGUUGUGUUGUGGUUGGUGAUGUGCCCGCCUGCUGCUCUGAGAGACGGAAAUGUCCCUGGGGCAGGGGAAAAUCUGUCUGCUCUUUGAGACCCUAGUGCCUCGCACAUUAUGAGCCUUCCAUCUGUGUUAGUUGAAAAAAACAAACCAGUGGGUCCUUUGGUAGAAAGUGUUUAGAGGUUUUGACCUUUUUUUUGAGGGGGGGGGGUGAUAGUGGGGACCUUAAAGUAUAUACAGUAAACAGGUGUUUAAAAGGGAAUCAUUUUUAUAGGAAGCAGUUUUUUUUUUAUGAUUUUCUAAAUUUUGACUUUUCUUAGUCCAUUGUUGUCACAGGGCUGUUUUACUUCUGUUUCUAAGCCAGGAUUAGCUUUCUACAAUUCUUGUGGUGAUAGCUUUUUGAAACUUGCUAUCCACACAGGAGAUAAGAGAAAAUAGCCAUUGCCUUGUUUAAUCAUAGUAUUAAAGAGCUACUCCUGUACUAUAAAUUGGUUUUUGCCAAGUGUGGGUAUUUCUGUUCCUUUUUGUAAAUCCAUGACGUUUCUGUUUAAUUCAGCAGUUUUUCAUCAGGCAGGAUCUGGUGACACUUUGCACCUGGCUAGAGGAGAAGACGAAGUCCUCUAGCCUCUGGGAUGUUACAGGUAACACACUGUGGAUUUAGAGAGUAGCCUGGAAUAUGUUAUAGUUUUGUAUAUGCCCAGAUCCUUGCCUAUAGGCUGGACUUAAAUUCAUUAAUUUGAAUUCAGUACUUCUAUCAGGCAUCCUUUUUUAGUAGCUAAUGGUUUUAAAAAAAAAAAAAAGGAUCCUCCCCAGUAGAGAAAGUUUUGGGAGAGACAGAAAAAUAAAAGGAAGAAAAGAUCAAGGUAGAUACAUUGUUUAAAUACAAUCACUAACUUAACAUUUUGAACUUCCAGCCUUUUUUUGGCUUGGUUUUACAUAGUUGAGAUCAUACUGAAUAUACAGUUUUAUAUUCUACUUUCUCAUUUAACUUUAUAACAAAAUAUUUUUCCAUGGUAUUAUAAGCUCUUCAUACUCAUGAGUGCAGCCUUCCUUUUAUAAAUAAUGUGGGACUCUUUCUUGCCAUCCUUAUUAAAUCCUUCUGCUAACCUUUGAGUGCGUUUCCUGUGCUCUGAUAUCAGAGUGAAGUGAAUGAAUCAAAUGCCUUACAGUAUUUCCACCUAAUCAUAUUCUCCUCUUUCAACAUUCAACAAAUAAGGGGCUUUUUAAAAAAAUCUGUUGUGUUAUUCAUUCAGUGACACACCUCUAAUUUUUUAUCUAAUUUUUGUUGUUGAAUUGUUGGGUGGAGAAGAAAAAAUGCUGGUAUAGAAGGCAGCCAUAUGAUUUCAAAAGUAGGAUAGUAUGAGAGAUUUAAAGAAGUCUAUUGGUGCUGGAUUAGUUCAAUGUUGGUUUUAUUAUUUUUUUAACCUGCCACGUGUCAAAAUGUUCCUGUUAAAACUUACAAUUUGAGUACUGUGGUUUUUGUGUUGUCCAAAGAAAAUUGAAAACCUGUAGCAUGUAUGUACUCAUUUGAGAUCUUAUGAAUGUAUUAAAUGUAUUGCUCUUGAGAGACUG